UUGAAAAGUAUGGCAUGUUAGUUGGAGGGGUAGACACCCAUCGUAUGGACUUGUCAUCAAUGAUUAUGUUAAAAGACAAUCACAUAUGGAGUCAAGGCUCGAUAACAAGAGCAGUCCAACGAGCACGCGCUGUUGGUGGCUUUUCAUUAAAAGUAGAAGUAGAAUGUCAGUCAGAACUCGAUGCCACCGAAGCAAUUGAGGCAGGAGCUGAUAUAGUAAUGUUGGACAAUAUGAAAGGAAACGUGUUAUCAGAGGCUGCAGCAAAUUUGAAAAAGAAAUGGAGUGGCACAAGAAAGUUUCUAGUCGAGGCCAGUGGGGGAAUCACUGAAGACAAUAUCACAGAAUAUUUUCAUCCGGACGUUGACAUUUUGAGCAUGGGAAGUCUAUCCCAAGGCGUGCCUCAUGUUGAUUUUUCGCUAAAGAUAAAGAAGGCACUAUAA